AUGCUAGUCUGCGGCAACAUUAAUUGGGCCCGCAGAUCCACUUGUAAUAUUUGUAACGCUCCAAAAGUUAAUACCCUUGGUGAAAGAACAGGAUUCGGUGGUGGCUUUAUGGAACGCGAUGAAGUUGUCGAGUAUAAGAGAAGAAGAGACGACUCAUCAGAUGACGAGUUCGAUGAGUUUGGUAGAAAAAAGAAGAAAUAUAGAAAGCAAACAUCAGCUUCUAAUUUAAAGUCUUCUGAGGUUGACAUAAGUGAAAGCGAUGAAGAUAGUAAGUCGUCGACUAAAGUUUCACGGACCAAACCAUCGAAAUCGGAUAAAGAUUCCGUAGAAAAUAAUGAAGAGGAAGAAGAAUCUGGAGACGAAGCAGAUCUAGCUAAAUAUGAUGUUUGGGGAGCGAGUGAAGAUAGCGAAAGCAAUGAAUCGAAAAUUAAAGAUAAAGUUCCUGAUGAAGUGAAGGAAAAUAGUUCUGACAAGUUGCACAAACCAGACGCAGAACGAGUCACGCGCCAACACGAAUCUUCAGAUUCGUCUUCUAGUUACGGUUCCUCUGAUUCUUCCAGUUCAAGCAGUAGCUCUCGUCGGACCGUGGACGCGGUACAUUCCAAGACGUUUCGCCAGCAUCGUAAUCGGCAUCGUCAGUGA